AUGUUGCCUGCAACUUUCAAACUGUGCGCUGGCAUCUCCUACAGACAUAUGAGGAACAUGACAGGUUUGAGGAAGAAUGCGAUGGUGGCCAUUCACCAUGAGUUGAACAUGCUAGCAGGCCCCAACCCUAGCAGCUGGAUCAGCCAUGUCCGCCGCAGGAGCUCACUGCUCAGCUCGCGGAUCGAGGAGGAGCAGGGCUACAAUGAGGCGGAGGUGUCAUAUGUGAAGCAGGGAGAGGAGGCGCUGCAGAAGUCUAUCAGCAUCCUCGGCGAUCAGGAUGGAUGGACCACUGAGAUCAUUGCUGCGAAUGGAGACAAGGUGCUGAGUAAGGUGUUACCUGACGUGGGGAAGGUGUUUAAGCUGGAGGUGCUGUUGGACCAGCGCUCUGAUAACCUCUAUGGGGAGCUGGUGGGCAACAUGGAGCAGAUGGGAGACUGGAACCCUAACGUCAAAGAGGUCAAGAUCCUCCAGAAGAUAGGUCAGGAGACCAUGGUGACCCACGAGGUGUCGGGACCCACGCCUGGUAACGUGGUGGGGCCGCGGGACUUCGUUAGUGUUCGCUGUGCCAAGCGCCGGGGGUCCACGUGCUUCCUUGCCGGCAUGUCCACUCAGCACCCCACCAUGCCCGAACAGAGGGGAGUUGUUAGGGCAGAGAACGGACCAACAUGUAUAGUGAUGCGGCCCAGUGCCGAUGACCCCAACAAGACCAAGUUCACCUGGUUGUUAAGCAUAGAUUUAAAGGGUUGGAUCCCAAAGACCAUCAUAAACAAAGUACUCUCUCAGACGCAGGUGGACUUUGCCAACCACCUGAGGCAAAGGAUGGCCGACAACAGUGUUUCCAAGGAGAUGGCACCAGCAUGCUGACACACCAUGCCCUUUGACCUUUCGAUUAGUGUGUACACCAAUGGCAGGCCACCAAAUGGACAGCUCCGCCCAAUCAUCUUUGCCACUUUCUCCAUCAAAGGCACU